AAUGAAUAGCACCUUAAGUUCAGAAGAUUUAGAUAACGAUAUAAGAAUAUAACAAGUCUAAUAAACUGCACCUGAUGCUGUGUAAUUUUACAUUAGGGAAGAGUAUAAAAAUGUCAUUAUUCUUAUUAGCCUUUUCAAUAAUGAUCCAUAUGAUAUUAUAUAAUAAAAGGUAGCAACAUUUCAACCAAUACAAUCUAAAGAUGAUACUAGAUGUGAUCAAGCAUCUAAAGAUGGUGGAAAAAAAUUCGAAGAUAAGAAGCAAAUUAAGUGUAUGAGAUCGGUAGGGACCUAUGUGAUUUAGCAAAUUGGACGUAAAAUUUUAUCUGGAGACAUGAAUCUCACUAAAAUUAGUUUUCCUAUUAAGGCUAUGAUUGCGAAAUCAGCUUUAGAGAAAAAUUUAUAAUCUACUAUAUUUUUUCCUUUGUAUAUUAACCGAGCUGUCUAAACAGUAGAUUUUAUGGAGUAAUUGAAAUUAGUCAUAACUGCUACAAUAGCUACAUUCCAUAUAAAUUUGAGUUUUCAUAAACCCUUAAAUCCUAUCUUAGGAGAAACAGUUGAAGGUUUCUUAUCAGAUGGAACAAAGUUAUUCGCAGAAUAAAUUAGUCAUCAUCCACCAGUUAGCUAAUUUUAUGGUAUUGGUAGAGAUAAUUCAUAUAAAUACUUUGGGUAUUACCUUUAUAUAUGAUUAGAAAUUAUUGGUAUGAAGCCUCUGCAGGACUUAACUCUAUUACCCUAAAAAAUAAGGGUAAAAGAACUAUAGUAUUUAAUGGAGGUCAGAGAAUUGAUUAUAAUUUUGCUUAUGAACUAUAUAGUGGAACUAUCAUGGGUUCAAUGAAAGUUGAAGUAUAAAAUAUUAGUAAUUUAUAAAGACUCUUGGGGUUUCUACCUAUUAGACAAAUAAAGGAUUAACUGCAACUUUAAAAUUUGGAAAAGUUAAAAGAAAACCUACUGAUUAUUUUGAAGGAACAAUAAAUAUGGGAUAAUAAGAAUUAUGUAAAAUAUUUGGUACUUACAUGGGAUACAUAGAAUUUGAUGGAGUGCGAUAUUGGGAUCAUAGACAUAUGGUAACAAAAAUAUAAAAUCAUAUUUAGUAACCAUAUUAAGUAACUAUAAAACCACCAUUUCUGCCAUCUGAUGCAUAAUUAAGAGGAGAUUAUACUAAUUUAGCAUCUUUGGAUAUAGAUAAGGCAUAAAUAGAAAAAGAGAAUUUAGAAAACCUAUAAAGACAUGAUGCAAAAUUAAGAACAAAAUUUAAGGAGUUCAGAAGAAAAAAGGAAGAGAAAAAAAAAUAACAUGAUCAUGAUUGAU